AUGAGGAUCAUCGACCCUCAAACCGCCGUUCUGACCAAUGUUGAGGUAUUGGCCUAUCUUACCUCCAACCCACCCCGCCGACCACCAAACCCGCCGCCAGGCUCGCGGAAUUGGGUACCGAGUCCGGAUCUCAGAGACCAUAAUACGGUCGUAAAAGAGAUUCAUAACUAUGCCAGCCGUCUUUCUCCUCAUCUUCUCCGAUACCCCCGCUAUACAGCUCGCCCCUCAUCCUCCCAGUCGCAUUUACAAUCACAAGCCGCAAUGACCAGCACACUACAAGCUUCAAACUCAGCAAUAGACUCAGAAGCUUCUUCCAUCCCGCCUCCAGUCCCUUCUACAGAAUCAACACCCAUGGAUAACGCCCUCCGGGACCUAGUAAUCCGCUUACAGCCCUACGGGCUAACCAAAGCCGAGGUCGUCAUGAUUUUGAACCUCGGUUUAGGGUUAAGCAACAACCCCAGCGCUGAAGCGGAGGGUGGAGAAGAACAAGGCACCAAUGGAGAUGGUGCUAUGGAAGUAGACGAGCAGAAUGGGGAAGGAGAGGCUGCUGAAGAGGAAGGAUCUCAGGCUGAUUACACCGCGGAGGUAUUGCUGGAUGCUGUUGUUGAAGAGCGUGAGCUCCGCCUCUCUGAUGAUGACAUGAAGGCUAUUUUUGCUAUUAUCCGAGAUACGCUUACGGCGGAUUACGAGAAUGUGAAAGGGUGA